AUGACUUCGAAAGACGCUUCCAUCUCGAGGAAGGGAGAAGAGAAGAAUGUGAUACAAACAAAGACCCCUCUUAAGCAAGUUGUUGGUUGGGAAGCACUCAACCCUCAACCACUUACCAUUCAAGGCUUAGAACCAUCUAAUGAUGACGACCUACUAGAAAGUGAAGGAGACGCGAAGCGCCUAAGACGCCAAUUGGCGAAGUUCCAAGAAGCAAACACUCCAAAUGGCAAGCAUGCAAGGACAACUGGACCAAGUAAUGACAGCUCUAUCAACGUUGACAAAGGGGCACGAUCACGCGUCCCCUAA